AAAGAAAUAUUGUUCCCAAAAGCAAUAUUCUGACAGAAUGCUUGUAUUCAUUUGGCCAUUUAUGGGACAGAACAGGUGUCAUUGUAGUUGCGGAGCUGCUUCUUCUCUGACAUCCCUGGGAUUUUAUUGUGGAGCAAUAUACAACUACAUUUUUAAUUAGUGAAUUCAUGUUGCUCACAGCCAUUACAAAGAGCUUGUUGGGCAUGCACACAGUAGGCCUGUUAUCUUUGAAUCAUCCCCAAGAUGAUUCUGCACAGGCAGAAAGGCCUCUGCUGUGUUUAUUCAGAAGGCCGUUAUGGCCCCACAGAUGUGCUAAGGUGUUUUCCCAGUGUGUUGUCUCACUGGAAUGAACCAUGGGCAAUUGAACCAGGAAUAAUGCAGUACUGUUUUGGCUUCAGGCACUGGGUUUUUUAGCUUUGGAAAAGUCACUUGAUCUGUUGAUUCUGUUCUUUGGGUGAUGACAUGAAAAUAAUGGUAUUUCAAGCACUGCAAGGACUGCUUAGGAGUAGGAUGUUUCUGACCUAUAAGGGGGAAGCAGGAAGUUGGACAAGAAAAGGCAAGCAUUGAUAUUAUGUUUGCUAUGAAGAUAGGAUUGUACCUCCUGUCCUCCUAGUCUAGAGCUAUAAAAGCUAUAGACUGCUCUGGCUGAGGGUGUGCAUCAUCAUAUGCAGCACAGUCAUUGAGGCAGAAUCACAACACUUGCACCUUGUACCCUGCAGCUAUUUUAAACAUGAAUAAAAAUUUCAUGUUGAGUGCCAAGAGCUCAGCUGGAGCAGACUUGUGCAAACACCUGUAGUUUCACUAGAGAAAAACAAUUUUAAUCAUUUGUCCUUGGAGAUGUGCAGACUCUUCAUGUAUCAUUGCACAGAAAAGCUUUUUGUACAUUUUUUUAAAGUGCAUUGUACUACAGCUUUUAACUAUAGCAAAAAAAUGUGCUUCUUUUUUUUAAUUUUUAUAGAUUAAACUUAAUUUAUUGAAGGAAUUUUAUAAUCUGUUAAGCUUAAUAUUAACUAUAGACAGGGACUUCUAAAGUUUUUAAAAUAGAAUUUUUAGAAUAUAUUCUUAAGAAUGACAGUUCUUUACAGGUAGCAAAUCAUUAACUGUGUCACAUGGUUUCCAUAUGAAUUUAGUUUCACUUUGUGUUAUAUCAGUAAGCCCUUUAACAUUCUUUGGAUUGCAAGUCUUGUAAAGGUAUGGAUGGGAAACCUGCAAAUAUGCAAAUCUACGAUUUUUGAACUGAAAAAAACUCUAUCCAUGGCCAGUAUUCAGGAACCACUAAUGAAGAAUGACUCCACCAAUUAAAAAGACAAUUUACAUUUAUCUUUUCCAGAAUAGAUAUGUAUCAAGGAAGUAAUUUAAUAUUUAGAUCAAGAACAUAGAAAAAUGCAAGUCCCUUUGCCAUAAUAAAAAUGCAUAACUCAGCUUUCCUUUGUAUAGAGCCCUAUGAGCAGGUGGUAUCAUCAGUAAAAAGACUCUAUUGUAGUAAAGCAUUUGGAUUCCUUUACGUGAAGUGAGGAGAGAAUGAUAAGUGGCAGUCUGACACAUGAUGAAAUUUACUAAGCAGAAUUUUUUUUUUUUAGUUGGCGGAAUUAUAAUUUAUGUAGUUGAUAUUGGAGUGGACUUUUGGGUAGCUAGUAAAUAUUUCUGUCAAGGACAAUAUUCUUGGAGUAUAUUGAUACUGUGUUUUAGAGGUCUUUCAUCAUUAGUAACUCAGAUAUUUAGUUAUGAAUGGUUUAAAAAUGACUGGGAAGGUACUGAUACUGGGAAGUUGAAAUGGAUUUUUCUAGUUCAUCUCUUUCACUGUGGAAUUUUUAUAAGGUAUUGGUUUGCUUUGAAAUAUGGCUGCCAAGCUGCAUUUAAACUAAAAAGCAGUGGAGAUGCUUCAGAAACAGAUCCUUCCAACUUCACUAAAAACCAAGCUAUUGAUGCAGUGACUGAUAUUAACAUGCUCAGGGUGUUCAAGGCUUUUCUUGAGACCACGCCACAACUUUUUGUCCAGAUUUACAUCCUCAUGCAACAUGGCAAAACUAAUUGCUAUCAAUAUGCUGCCAUUUUUAUGUCUUUUUGUGGUAUCUCCUUUUCAAUGGUUGAUUAUCAGAUGUCAUUACGAAAAUCUCUGCCUGACAAAGAAUCUUCUGUAUUUAGGGGUGAUACCAGCUUGUUCGGGGUUAUAAUAGCAGCCUGAGUGAUUUAUGGAUGGCAACAGGAGUUUUGCAUAUAAAGGAAGAACUAUCUUCCAUAAAGCUUUUGUCUCCUUUGGGCUCUAAGAUGCAACACUUUCAAUGCUGGUUUCCACUGAAAUAGGAGGCUGUGCAAGGUAUACAGUGGUGCAGAGUCUUUUGUCUUUGUCACUGGAGAAAAGAGAAAAGAGGAGUGACUUCUGCUAAAUUGCACUCACAGGGACUGGGAAAAGAUAUAAUAAGUAUCUUGUCCAUCAAGAAUUUUUGGCGGAAGGCAGAGUGAAAUUAGACGACAUUUCAUUGAAUGCUAAAACAACAACAAAGGAAGUAAGGUUGAUAGUUUCUUCAGAAAUAAAAUUUAAGGGGAAUCAUUUCAGAGCUUCCGUGUUUUAAAUCUGUAUUAUGAAAACCUGGGGCUCUUUCCCUCCCAUUUUCACUUCCAGUAAGUCACAUUUGCAGUUAGAGUGGCUAAAAUCAAAGGGAGGAAACAGGGGCUGAGAAAAAAAGACUAGAGAUAAGAAAAACUGAUAAACUUCACCAGGAACCAAAUCUUUUAGCAUUAUUGAUUGACAGCAAACUUCCCUGAAACUUUGGGGGAAUGGCUCAUAAUAAGGUCGAUAGUUAGGGUGCUCAAGAGCUGUGUCUUGUGCCUUUUGUAUCAACUUCAUGGACUGCAGACUGCCUUUUUCUUGUUACUCUUCCAGCCUUACCUGAGCUUAGCAAAUUUUCUAGAUAUGAUUCUUUCCUGUUCCAUGUCCACAUUUUCUUUACCAUGCCAACCACGUACAUCUCCUUAAUCCUAGUCAAGGAAAUGAAUUUCUAUGUGCAUAGCUUGAACUGAAUGGUCUGACUUUCUGAGACUACACAUAAGAAAGUAGUGUAGUGAGAAGUGUUUUCUUCUAAAAUCCCUCAUUUCCACUCAGGGAUAACUAAAUGUGAGUCCAGAAGUUAAGACAUAGAAAAGCACAAUCCAUGAGACUAAAGCAAUAGUUUUUCUAAAGUUAAUAUGUAAAAGAGUAUCUUCACUUCUCUCUACUCCGGAAAAGAGAUUUCCAGAUUUUUUUGCCCUGGAACAUUCCUUCUUAGGUAAGAGGAAAAAGCCCAAGAUUCCACCCUACCUCAUGCACCAUGAUUGCCCUAAAUUCUGUCUCCUUUAUCGCAGAGUAUUUACUACCAGUAAUGGUGUCCUUGGCAGCAAAAUGCUAGCCUGGUUUUAGGCUGAAUAUACUUUUAUUUUGCUAUGAAAAAAAUAGGAUCCUGAAUAGUGAAGAUGAUCCUUAUAUUGCUUGCCACACUUGUUUGUUUAUCUAAAAUCCUGAGAAGGGACUAGGGUAAAAUGGUGGAAAAUGCAGAAUAUUAUCUCUGUCUUGAAGAAAAUGACAAUUUUUGUCUACCCAUUUUUUCGAGGACCACCUCAAACUUCAUACAUUAUCUGAGAAGCAGAUCUCUGGGGAAAUAUGGGAUCCCGAGAAGUCCUAGUGUUUCAGCCCUGGGGCCUCCAGGUUGUCUGCCUGCUGAAAG